UUGUUAUAUCAUAGAAUAUUGUUUACGUAUGACUACUGUUUUCAGAAAAGCAUAUAGCUCAUAAAUCAAUGUUCACAGUUGCGUAUAGUUAUGAAUAUUUGUUGAGAUGAAUUGCAUCCUACAUUCCUUCAACAAGGCUCAUCGAAUGAAAACUCGGUUUACAAAGUCUGUUCAACUCAAUGCUGCUUGGCAUCAUGAGCUCGACACACGAGCUCGGCCUGAUAACCUCGACUUAACUCGGCGCCAUGAGCUUGGUCUGAUAGCCCGAAGACUCAGCCCUGUUGCUCAGCCCGUUAAGCUUGACCCAACACAUUAGAUUAAGCCGACUUAGGGAAAAGAGAUGAAGAGGUAUAUGUAUAAAAGGAGGACAAGGAAGACCAGAGGGAGGAUCCAGACUAGGACACAUAGAGAGUGCCGGCUAGAAAUUAGGGUUUUACACUUUCUUAACUCCUUCUCGCCGACUUGUAUUUUUCCGGUAUACUCCACCGAAUGCCGGCUUAUUUCUAUCUUUUUCAUACACAUUGUAACACCUCUCUUAUCAGAUAAAUAGAAACGUCUUCGAAAUAAUCCAUAAUAAAAUUUUGUUUUUCUUAUUCAAGACGAGAAAACUCCAAUUAAACAGUUGGCACCCAUCGUGGAGCUAUACAAAGUAGCGUUAAUAAGAUCAGCAUGAAUCCUGACUGUUCGAUGCUGGGACUGAACCUGGACAGGUAGAAGAGGCACCGACCAUGACGGAAAUGAUGCAUCUCAUUAUGUAACACCUCGCUCAGCAGGAAGAGGCUUACAAGGAGACAAACGAGUGUCUCGCCGCGCUAGCCGCCAUCUUCACACCACUAGCUAGCAAAGCCAGCGGUCCAGCGAAGACAAGAAAAAAACUCUUCACCACCACAAAUCCUCUGACGACAUCGAGUAAACAAAAGACGACAUGAACCCUACUACUGGCGGUGUCGUCGGCUAAGAGUCAACAACAAGCCACCAAAUCUCCGACCUCCAGCUCUCUGUGCAAGACACCAAAGAUUAACUCGUUAACCUUAUGGACUAAAUCAUCCUUCACUAUAUUCCAGAACUCCUUGUAGAUUAGAGCAGUCAUUCCAUCUGGUCCAAAAACGUUUUCAGGAUGCAUCGAAAACAUGGCUAGUUAGACUUCUAAUUCUGGAACAUGAGAUGUAAAUUAUCGUUAAUUGAAUCUGUGAUAGUCGUAGUAAUAUCUGCUAAUGCGUUCUCUACCUCUUCUGGAUUUUAUGAUUCAAAAAAUCUCCUGAAAUAACUAUUAGCAUCGCUACCAGUCCCUCUUAAUCCUUAGUUAUAUUUCCUGAUGCAUCAAUUAGUCGUGUAAUUUCCUGAUACCAGUCCCAAUUUGAUUUUUCGCCAGUCUUUGCUUUGUCGGAAAACUUUUGAGUUCCUAUCCCCUCUCUCAACCAGAGAACUCUAUUCUUUUUCUUUCAAAAUAUUUCCUCAGCCUUAAGAGCUUUAGAUAGUUUCUUUAAUGCCUCUGCUAUUUCUUUUGUUGAUGCAUCAUCAUUUGAAUACAUAGCCUCCACUUUUUUUUAGUUCCUCUACUUGCCUCUCUAAAUUUAUAUCAUUUUGUCUCCUCCACUGGCUAAAAUCUCUGCGGCAACUCGGGAUAUUGGAAAUUAUAUUUGCAUGAUGGAAGCUCUGGUGAAUUCCAUCCCUCUGAAAUGACAUGUUGGAUCUCCUCGCUAUUCAACCAGAGCUUAUGGAAUUUGAACUUUUUUUUAAAUUGGUUUCACUAGGAAGUUGGCUAGAUCCGGACGAUGAUCCGAUCCCUACAUGUGUAAAUACUAAACUGAAGAAUGUGGAAACUUUUCAAGCAAGGCUUCGCUUCCUACAGCCUGAUCAAGAUAACAUCUAACUGGCAGUAGUCAUCUUUUUCGAAUCGAAGACAUCACAUUUCCAGAAAAUAAAAACUCUAACAUUCCAUAAUCACUCAGCAUCUGCUUGAAAGACAAAAAAAAGCGCUAUGUAAUUGGUGCAUGUCUCCUUCCUUUUCAUUAUGUCAAGUAAUCUCAUUAAAAUCACUGAUCAUGAACCAAGAUCUAUUUCUCAAAGUGGUAAAACGCGUAAGAUGUUCCCUCACUUGUUCUUGUCUCUCUAAAAAGGGUCCCCAUAAAUAAGCAUCAUAAUUUGUUUUAUUCAUCAAUGACUACUUCAAUGUCAAUCAUUCCAUUAUUCGAAAAUAAGACAUUUCUUUGAAAAUCAUCCGUAAAGGUAGUAUUGAACUUUCUAUUUAGCCAAAUGGCUCAACAGUAAAAAAAAUUAUCAAAUCAUAAGUCAGCCUGAAUGUACUGCAACAUCUGUUUCCUAGUAUUCAUCUUUAGAAGAUUUGUGAUCUUGGGGCUGUAAUCCAUGAACCAGAGGCAGCUGAUAACGAUACUGCAAAUGGAUAAAAUAUCGCAGAUGAUGACAAUGUUGUGAUUGUUCGAACCAGAACGUUGGAUGAAUACAACAUACCAGAUCAGUACUAUCAUAGGAUCUGUGUUGUUUAACAAUAUCAUUAUAAAAAAUUCAGAGCUUUCAAUAAACCAAGAUAACCAAAGCAAUAAGAAACCCAAAAUUUAAAAAUUCUGUGAACACAAAGCUAAACAUGAAGGAAGAAGAUGCAAUUAAAAUAGUAUCCAGAAUUGAUGUGAAACAGUUUCAGCUGAACUUGGGGAAGUCGUAGACUCGUCCAACACGGGAUUCAGAGAGUUUGGAUCUUCGAGCAAGUAGGCAUAAGUAGCCUCAGUCCAAAAUCACAACUCUAGCGCAAGCUGCAACUGGUAACUCUCGUCCAUCUGCUGCGCUCAAGUCUUCACAGAUGACGACCCCCAACUGAGUGAUGUCAUCUGAAUCUUCAAAUCUCCUCCCACGAUAAAUUAAAAAAGAAUGGUAAACAUAUAAGAUUCCCUGGGGUAAAAUUGGUUUCAUAUAGAGUUACAAGGUCUCUCAAGAUCAAAGUUUAGGCAAGAACUAUAAAUUUAACCAACAAAGUUGAGAACUUUACCUUGCAUGUCGGCAACUGAUGAUCUUGGGAACAAGGAUGUGUGGAGGCGGUGGCUAAGAGACAAUGGCCGCGAAACAUAUACCAGUGAUAAGGUCGAAAUGAAUAAAAAACAGUGGAUAUUGGGAUUCAAUUGAGAUAAAGGUUUAGCAAACUCCAUCUUCUUCUUCUCCAUAGCUUGGUUUCUUCUUCUCCAUAGCUUGGAACUCUAAACAGAGACCAAACCAGAUUCAAGAAAGAUCAAACAUUUAGAAUCCAGUCAAGAGCUUGGUUUCUAACAUGUGGCUCCCAUCCCCCAGAACACAAUCACUUGAGGUAAUCAGCUCUUUGCAAGAACUCAACCUCUAGCUCCAACAAAUCUCGGACUCUUUCUCCUCUCAAUGAUGAUGGAGAAGAACCCAUCAUCAGUGGUUGUGGCUGACGGAGACGAGGCGGAAUGGCGACAUGAAAACCCGGUGAAAAAGCGAGAAAGAUUAGUGAAAGAACGAGAAAGAUUAAGAGAGGAUCCAGUUCUUCGUUGUCGUCAACAAAACUAGAAGAAAAAAAAAGAAAAAAAAUUAGAGUUCAUGUAUUUAGAAAAAUGGUUUUGAUCUAAGAUAUGAGAGAGAAUGAAGAAUUUAGAGAAUGAUUAGUUUAUAUAUCUUUGUUUAGUUUGAAAAUAGGAAAGUGCAUAGUUAGCUUAGUCUAGGGGUAUAAGAGACAAUCCACAUGAAAUUUGUGUGUCACAUGUGGGACGUGUCUCUAAGUGUAAACUCAAAUUGUAUACCUUUGAAUGAGAUGCAGUUUAUAAUGCAGAUUUAAUUCAAAACAUUUAUUUUGCAUAAUGAACUGUAUUUAUUGUCUAUUCAUCUUUUUAAAUGCAGAUCAUUUAUAUAUCGUAUAAUCUGCAUGCAGAUUAUUGUUACAAGGAUAUUUAUUGAUCUGCAAAAAGUAAGGAAAAAUGGUGUGAGAAAUAGAGAGGACCAAUCAUGUAGGUUUUAUUUUGUUUCCUCCCUAUUAUUUUUUUAUAAAUAGUUUAUUUAUCUCAUUUCAUUUAUUUUCAAACCAAAAACCAAAUCUUUCAUAAUUAUUGUUAAUAUUUUAUACCAUUUUCUUUUUAUAUUAUAAUUUUUAAAAAAUAUUAUUUAUGAAUAUGUAAUAUACAUAUGUAUUCUAUUAUUUAUAUCUUGUUUCUUAUAAAAUGGUUUAGAAAAUAUUUAUAAUUUUAGUUUACAUAUUAUAAUCUUUUAUAUUAUAAAGCACAAGUUAAUUUACAAUUUUAGUAUUGACAUGUGUCACCAAAUAUUUUAAACAAUUGUUUUCUGUGUUUUUUUCCGAAAACAAAUGGGUUAACAAAAAUGAAUUAUGACAAUUAUUAUUUCCCAUGAUCUCUUUAACUGUUUUUAACUUUUUAUGUCCACGAUCUCAACUCAUCUUGAAAUUACAUAAAUAACUAUAAUUCCUCUCUUAAAAUCACCAUCAAUGGAUAACUUUACUCUUUAUUAUGUGUAAAAAAACGAUAAACAUUACAUAGGCAUACGAUUUUUUUUCUGGGUUUGACCUAUAAAGAUGUCAGAAUUAAGAUAAUUUAUGCUCAUGGGUAAGUAUUGUUUUCUAUUGAAUUGUGACUUUUUAAGAUUUCAAUUGACACUCUUCCCAAAUUUGCAGAUAAAACUGGCGAGGAUCAUGAUUCACUUUCAAAAUUUGUAGAUAAAACUGGUGACGAUCAUGAUCUACCCUAAUCUAGUGCUUCCCAAGUCCAUAAAUUUUUGCAAAUCAUGUUUCUAAUAGGUGUUCUCUUCUUACCUUCACAAGUUUGAUUAAUAUGUUUAAUUGAAGAAAAUAGUAAUAUUGUGUUUAAUUGCUAAGAUAUAAUUUUUAAAAUGUGUAUGCUUUUAAUUUUCUAAAAAAAUAUGUAAAAAUAUUUAAUCAUUUUGAUAAAUAUUUUCAUAUUUUAUAAAUAUCUUAAUAUUUUUAUAAAUAUUUUAUUCAAUCAUAAUAAAUAAAUUUAUAUUAUAUUUUAAGAAAAAGUAUAUUUUACAUCGCUCAUAUCUUUAGAAAUUUUAAUAUAUUUUUUAUUAACAUUUGUAUUAAAAAAUAAUGUGCUGCUGCAUAGCAGGGACCAUAAUACUAGUUUUAUAUAAUUUAUUUGCAAUAAGUAGUCAAUAGUAAACAAGUAGAGAAUAGAAAACAUAAUCCCCUUUUGUCAUUAUACAAUUGAUGUUACCUAUUUGGUUUUGGUGAUUUGUAUCAGCCGCAAAACUUAAUUUUAUUUUGUGUAUAUAAAGUCUUAAAAUAAUUAAAAUGAGACGUAAUACGUUAACUCUUCAACACCGAUGAUAUAUUUAAGAGACCAACAUUUGUAUUCUUCAUUUUAUAAUCAAUAAAGAUUGUAGUGUUUCAAAAUGUUAAAAUCAUUUCAUAAACAAACAUUAUUAUAAGAACUCACUCCGCACAUACGCGCGGAUUAUCAUCUAGUUUGUAUUAAAAAUAACGUGCUCCUGCAUAGCAGGGACCAUAAUACUAGUUUUAUAUAAUUUAUUUGCAAUAAGUAGUAAUGCAUGACUUAUAUAAUCUAAAAUAUGUAUUAUUUAACUACAUAAUCAUAUAAUAUUUAUCUCAUUUACAAAACUCUUUAAAAGUAUGAUUUAAUUCAUUUCUUAUUUUUACGUAAUAUUUAUUUUAGAUGGAUUUAUUUAUAAUUAGUGAUAUACAUAUAUAAGUGUAUCCUUUAAAAUUAUUAUUAGUAAGAAAACAUGAUUAAUAUUUUUAUUUUAAUUAUUUUAAUAAAAUGAUGCGUAUACUUUCAUAUUAUUACUUAUACUUAUAUAUUUAACGGUUAUUUAUAAUUGCGUAAUAUUUUUUCACAAUGAAAUAUCAAACAUAAUUUGUUUGUCUUUAAACAUAUAUAUAUAUAUAUGUAUGUAUUGUUAUAUUUUAAAAAUUUAGAUGAAGAUUAUGCUGAUAUAAUACCAUAUAUAAAAUUAACAAUAUGAGUUUUAUUGUAAUGAAUUUUAUAUAUUUUUCAAAAAAUUUACUAGAUAUUUUUUUUAUUUGUCAACAUGAUGUUUAUUUUAAAUUUAUAACUUGUUUUUUAAAUUUUUUUUUUUUAACAUUUAGUUAAAUACAGCAAUUCAAUAAAUAAGUUUGGUCUCCAUCUGUUCUGCAUAAGCUAGGUGAUCUGAGUUUAUUUUGGUUGUUCAUUCAGGAUUGUAAAUCCAACCUACCUGGAUAGAACCGAAAAAGUACGAAAAACAGAACCGAAAAAAUAUCUAAACCGUACCAAAAAGAAAUUAAGGAUUGUAAAUCCAACCUACCUGGACAGAACCGAACCGAACCAUGUGUUCAGAGCUGCCCGUUCUUUCAACUUCAAAGUUCAGACUCUUCACCAGAUAAACAUUUAACUGAUAAACCCUAAUCCUAAGAAGAUGGCGAUGGAUGGCUCAGAUUUCUUUCAGGAUGAUUGCGAUUCGAUAGCUGCAGCGAUGAAAGACCAAGAGGAGCGGAUUCAACUCAAGAGAAGGUGGCUGUUGGGUCUUGAUACGCCUAAACCUGAGUUUCUCGAAUCUGAGGAUCACACUCCAGAAAAGACUGAGUUUCUCGAAUCCGAAUGCCUCCCUGAAUCUUUGCUCAGGGAAGAUGAUUUAUUCUACGAGACAGCAAAGUCGCGUGUAGAAGAAGCAUUUGGGUUUCGCAAGAGCCAAGAGGCUCAACGAAAGGAGUCCAUGUUGUGCUCUAAAGACGUUGUUAGAAGGCUUAGCAUGUAUCUUGAUUCUUUAACGAAUGAAGGUCUCUCUCUCGUUGUAAAGAUCAUCACUGGAGGCUCUACUUCGUUUGACAAGACUCGGCCCAAAAUGAAACAGAUUAUCAGAGAAUCUAUCCGCACAGAUUUGAGAGAGAGAGACGUUGUUGAGCAGUUGCAUCAAGCUCUUGGUGAUUCUGAAAACUUCCGGAAUGAUUCAGCAAAACCCAUGUUCCCGUCUCAUCGUGAUGCUGCGUUGAAGGUACUUGAUGAGCUAGAUAAGUUGUCGACCCAGACUCUACUUGCAAUGAAAAGGAAACUUGAAGGUUCAGUUACGACGAUACCUCGGUUGAAACCAAGUAAAACGGGUGAAAAGAAGAUGGAUCUGAUAGACCAAGUGAAGCAAGCUAGCGAGAAGAUGCUCUCAGAACUUUCUUCAGGGGAUAAACUGCAGGAGCCAUUGGCUAAGGCAAUGUCAUUAGUAGAUUUAUCACUUAAGUUAAGUCCUGGCUACAACAAAACUAAAGCUCCCACAGAUUUUUUCCAUUUCUCACCAGAAACAAAGAAGCUGCAGAAGGAGAUAGUGAAGGCAGUUUGGUCACUCCGUACGGCCAGGAUUGAUGCUGCGUUUGAAAGAGUGGGUCUUAUCUUGGACCCAGAAGCCCAAAUAUCGAAAAACAGCUUAAGAUCAGCGGUCGAGAGAAUGCUGAUUGAAUAUCUGUUUGAGUGCUGUGAUAUGGAUGUCAUCCCAAAGUCUUUGACAAACGCUCUUUCAUUGGUCAACAAGAGUACGCGGACUGUAGACCAUAGAGUAUUUCCAGGGGAAGCAGUUGAGGAAGAGACCGAGUGUAUAUUAAAUGUGAGUGCUCAAGUGAAGCAAAUAGUUUGGCAAUGUAUACCAGAUUAUGAGCUUGAUCAGGACUUUGGCGAUGCUUAUAUGGAGGAGCUAGAAGACAGUGAUGAUGAUUACAGUCAAGACGAUCCGGAUCAAGACGAAGUUGGUGCAGAAUGCUCAGUUUUGAAUUCGACUGUUUCUUCAGACCAAACAAACCAGCAUCAUAUCAGCUCUUCUCUCGUUAUAAGGGACCUGACAGAGAGUAUUACAAGAGAUCAUCCUAUGUCUAUCUUUGCCACUCCCACGUCCAGUGAUUUUAAACCUGUCAGAGAUAACCAGAUUAGCCCUCGUUCAUUGUAUUCUGUUGAAAACAUAAAGAGUGAUGAUCAUGGUGCGCAGAAUCCAAUCAGAAGAAAGAACAAGUACCUCGCAGUUCAAGAAAUUUGUGACGACGCAAGCUUGGUUGCGUAUAACCUAAUAGGACGUUUACUAGAGAAAUUUGCAGACCAGAAAGGCCUAGACUUAAAAGUGGAUCAACGUUCAUAUCUUAGAGGAGGAGAAUCCAGGCUUCAAGAAGAUGUAGAAGUGAGUGAAGAAAAGCAAGCUUUACAGUUUCAAGGGAAGUUAGAUGAGUCCAUCACACUUUCUGCUGUCCAAGAGAUAAUACCCUCCCUUGAUAAGAGUGUCUUAUUGAAAUUGAAAGAGUUGUUGGAGUAGCCGCAGUGGAACGCAGAAAGAAAGAAUGGAAGUAUAUUAAUGGAUUUUAGAAAUAUGUAUCAUAUUUGUAUUGACAAAAACUAAACAUUCUUACAAUUUUGAUUAGAUCAAAUCAUUAAAAUAUAUUUUGCAUAUC